AGUAAAUCCCAAUCGAUGCAAAUCAAACUCUCAAAUGGCCAUCAACACUUAAUGCUGCAACAUCUUGAUUAGUUUUCAUCAAUUCAAUCGUUUAGACAUUAUAAUAACUCAACAAUGAAUUUGUUUAAUUUUUCAACAAUUUGUGUCACUCUUGGAAUUAUAUUGACCAUCUCAAUACCAGCAAUUAAAGGUGAAUCAGGGAAGAAAAAUAAAUUUCGAGGAAGUCAUCGUUCAAAAGGCAAUUGUCAUCUCAAAGAGAUUCACAAUUGUUUUGAAAAGAUUGAUCGUUACUCAAAUGAUUCAGACUCAUUCAAGUUGAUUACAAAUGAUCCUGGAAUCGACAUGAUUUGCUCACAUUCUAAAGAUGGAAUCAAUUGUCUUAAAGAUCACAUGGAAAGAUGUGCAACUCCGAUACAAAAUGAAAUGUUUGAAUUUGCUAGUGAACUCUUCUCAAAGUCAAUUGACAGGUUUUGUAAAGAUGGUGAAUUAAGGCAAAACUUUCUCCAACAUUCACCCUGCAUUGCUGACUCGGUCUUGAGCAAACCAGAAUACAAGGAAAAAUGUAAUCAACCUUAUGUAGCGGCUAUGGAUGCAGUCAGCAAACAGACUGAUUUUGAUGAUAGACUUUACUUGACUUGUUGCUCAUACAAUCGUUGGAUUAACUGUUUUCUCGAAAUUGUUUCAUCUUCAUGCCAAGAUUCGGGUAAACAGGCAAUGGACGACUUCUUGGAGAAAUCAUUUGCUGGCUUAAGUACUUUAAUCUGUUCUCAAGAUGAUUUCUUGUUUACCUCUGAAAGAUGUAAAUCACUUUAUCCACCUGAAGGAACCAUCGUUGACCCAAAUCAAGUACACAACCCAAUAACCAGAUACAUGACUUCCCAUUUCCGUUUCCUUCUGACCAAAUGAAUGACCAUUUGAAGACCAUCUUUACCCUCAACAUGGAGUGUUAUUAACAUCAAUUUAAAAGCUGUAAACCUCUAACUGUUAAAUCAACACAUCAACCAGUCAAUUGAACCUCAAGAUUGGUGUUACCAGUAAACAUGAACAACAAUGGAAGCUUCAAUACAAAUUCAAUAAGAUUUAAGUGAAUAACGUUCAUUCCUUAUAAUUAAUCAAUGAUGAUGAGAAAAUGAAAUGUAUCCAUUAAACAGACAAGUCUUUAAACAGAUUUCCGUCAUCGAA